AUGCGCCUGAAUGCAGUUUUCUGGAUACCAGCUAUACUGCAGGGUGCAGUAUUUGCCCCUAAUGGGGUUUAUGGGAGCCAGGGAGGCAAUGACAUGUUUUCAGUCAAUGAUUUGCCCCAGAGACCGGACAUGUGGAUGUUGCAAGAUGUGCAGUCCCAUAAACGCUGGCUUUCCAAUAUUAUCGAAGACGUGGACCGGAACCCGCGACUCCUGCACCCUGUGAUGAAGGAGUUCCAGGAGUUCAUUGAGACCAACCCGCGUAUCUAUAUGCUCUUCAGUGCCAUGUUCCAGGAGAUUCCCAAUGCUCCUCUGUAUAGCAAUGAUCUAAACGGCUAUCCCCGCCUUCGAGACUAUCAGCAUAUGUUACAAGUCUUGAAUUCUGUGGUGGGAAGCGCACCCAGUUGGAACAACACAUCUCCUCAUCCCAGCUUUAUGCCAGUCCCCAUCAAUGCUGUCCUGGCAUGGGCCAUGGGCACCCCUAGUGGCUUUUCUGCAUUUAUCGACCCUGCAGUAAACGUCAUGCUGAAGAAAGUGCUAGAUAAAUGGGGCACCUAUUUGCAAUCACCCGCAUCUGCGUCGGUCUUAGACGGCGGCCCAACGGGCUGGUUAGGUGAGACCGCAAUACACAACUUGACCGUCGUUGGGAAUGCGGGGCGAACCAACUAUACCUUCUGUGAGAUAGAAGGUAUUAGGCCUGUGGAUUCGCCGGAUGAUAACAGCGUUAUCGCAAAUCCAUGCGAGUCCCAGCCCUACAAUAUAGUGCAACAUAUUAAAGCCCGUGACGAGUUCUGGCUGAAAGGACAAACAUAUUCGGUCAUUGAUAUGCUAGGACAGGAUCCCCUGGCGGACCAUUUCGUCGGUGGUGUAAUCUACCAAGCCCUUCUCACUGCAAUGAGCUAUCAUCGAUGGCAUGCUCCCGUGUCAGGACGGAUUGUUAAAGCGUAUGUUAUCCCCGGGACGUACUACUCUAUACCCCUAUCCAGAGGAGUCGGGAAUGUAUUCAAUCACUCCCAAGAGAUCAACAUAGCAGGCCAAAUGGACGCGUAUGCAUACACAACCGCAAUGGCCACGCGGGGUUUGAUAUUUAUAGAGUCGGACAACCCGGACAUUGGGAUAGUAGCCUUUAUUGGAGUAGGACUGGCUGACGUGUCCUCUUGUGAAAUUACCGUGAAAGCGGGGGACCGUGUCAAGAAAGGGGACGAGAUAGGCAUGUUCCAUUACGGCGGUUCGACCUCGGUUUUGAUGUUGAGGAAUGGGACCACCAACUCGGCGGUUGUUACUCUGUUUUAA